CUCAUGAUUCCUUAUUGGUUGGGCAUCGCCCUGCGGAUCUAUUUCUCGUCGUCGUCUGCCUCCACGGGAUUGGCCUCGCCCGAUGCGUUUAAUCCUGCUCAACGAGUCGAGAUUGCCACGCCUUUGAACGCCUACCAUCGUCUCACCGAAGGCGUGGCCUUGUUCAAUCAGGGCCUGGAUCCUUAUUCCGGCGUGUUAUGCCAUGAACCGCCCCUCUUCCUUAAAUUGGGCCAAUGGGUGCAAGGACGUCGAGCUUGGGCGAAGAAAAUCCCGGCCUUUUUCAUCAUGUUUGACCUGUUAACGGCGGCCUUGGUGGGCCUGCUGGCCCGUCUGGUGGUUCAAAGGUUGCUCCAACGACAGAAUGAGGAAUCGGACUCCUAUCAUAAGGAUGCGGCUGAGCUAUUACUAGAGCAGACCGCCUUGGAUUCCGUGGAUUUCACUGCUCAAUUGUCGUAUUUGUUCAAUCCCUUUCUCAUCUUGAGCUCGGCUGGGCAAACCACGACCGUGUUUGACAACUUCUUCUUGGCCCUUUUCCUGGUGGCCAUGUUGAAGAAGAACCGCAUUGGGGCGUGUCUGUUCUUGGCCCUGGCCGUGUACAAGAGUUUCUAUCCGAUCAUGCUGCUUGUGCCUUUGAUGGUCAUGUUCAUGGAGGGUUCGAAAAAAUCGUGGCGGCAAGAACUCACGACCAAUGUCCUGCCCACGUUGGUCAUCUUCUGUGGGUUCCUCGUCGGAUUGUUGUGGAUGUCGUACAUGAUCAUGGGGCGCAAUCCCAGCUUCUUGUGGGCUACCUAUGGGUUCAUCUUGAGUGUGCCGGAAUUGACCCCGAAUAUGGGUCUGUUCUGGUAUUUCUUCACCGAGAUGUUCGAGCACUUUCGCGUGUUCUUUGUGUGCACAUUUCAAAUCAACGCCUUUAUCUACGUCAUUCCUUUGGCCAUCAAAUUGCGGCACGAUCCGUUUCUCUUGGCCUUUACUCUGAUCGGCUUAACGGCCAUAUUCAAGUCGUAUCCCAGCUACGGCGACGUCGGCUUCUAUUUGGCCUUGCUGCCCAUUUUGAGCCAUUUGUUCCCCUACACCAAACAGCUCUUUGUGGUCGCCGUGAUGUUGACCGUGACCACGGUUCUGGGACCAAUCCUGUAUCACUUGUGGAUCUAUAACGGGAGUGCGAAUGCCAAUUACUUCUUCGCCAUCAAUCUCGUGUUUGGCACGGCCCAAAUCUUUCUGCUCACGGAUCUGCUGUUUGCUUACUUGAAACGCGAGUUCUACUUGAUCAACGGCUACAAGAUCCUUAACCAAGUCAAUGAGAGCACCCAGAAGCCGCACGCCCGUAUCGUGUUGACAUGAGCUGUAUUAUCGACAUCUCUAUUAUUAAUAUAAGUUGUAAUAAUA